AAAGAAAUAGAUUACAUAUAACCACAACAUAAUCUAACAUUUAUACAUGUAAAAGAUGAAGGAAAUCUCAAAGGCUAACGUUUUGAGGGAAUUGUGUCCUAGUUAUACCAGUGUUGUUAAGUUCCCAACUAGGUGCAUGAUUAAGUAUCAACCAUUGAUAAUUUCUUAAGAUCACAUGUCACAAUCACUAUUUUAACAUAUUGAUUUUACUAUUUAAAAGCAUUGAAUCGUGUUGUGGUUCAAUUAUUGAGAUUUAUGUAACUGGGUUGAUGUGAGUGGGUGUUAUAGAGGAAAAAAUUUAAGUUUUUAGAAUUGGGUUUUUGAUUUCGAUUUGGGGAAUUUGAAGAUUAGGUUUAGUUUGUGAGACAUUUUGUUUGUUUUGGGUAGGAGUCAUGUUCUAUGGUGCAGUGGUAUGGGACCCUUGGCUUAUUGUUGCUCAAAUUGUUUGUCUACAAUGUAUGUACUAUAUCACACUUGGAUUGCUCUUAGCCGUUCUUGUUGGCACUCGCGUUUCUCGCUUGAGCCUUGUGUAUUUCUUUGACUAUGAUGUUACUACCUCUACCGUUACUGGUUGGUGCGUUUGUGCUUCAUUUCUGCUCAGCUCAGCUGCAGGGGCUGUGUAUAUGCUUUAUUUGAUUGAAAGAUCAAAGAAGUGCUUGGAUUUUGCAGCCACUAUCUAUAUCAUUCAUCUUUGCAUAUGCAUAGUGUAUGGGGGUUGGCCCUCUUCUAUAGCAUGGUGGAUUGUGAAUGGUACUGGAAUUGCCUUGAUGGCUUUGCUAGGCGAAUAUCUGUGUAUCAGACGCGAACUCCGGGAGAUACCAAUACCACGAUAUCGGUCAAAUGUUUGAUUGGCAGAAAGAAGUAACUUGAGUCUUGAAUUCAAGAAAGGAGUUGUAUUGCGGGAUGAUAAUCAACUUUUGAUUCUAUAUAUUGGAUUAUCUCGAAGAUAAAGCCCAUGGAGCGCAUAGUUCUACUAUGCCAUUGAAAUACCUGCAUUCGCUUUUCUAUUCUUUAGUUGCAAUAGAGUUUAAACAUAGAUAAAUAGACAGAGACUAGGUACAUAAAUUUCCAGGAAGUUCUGAAAGUGUUAUGUAGAUUAUUCUCGUUCUAUUUCGUUUUUUUCACCUUCUUUUUAGCGAUGUCGGUUAAGGUGAUGUGUUUAGUUGAUUGAGCUUCUAUUCUUUUUACCCUCUUUACGAGUUAUUGGAUCUAUUUGUUUUCUUGGAAAUAUGUAUUAGUUUAGUUCUGUGCCAUUACUGGU